AUGAUGAGCCCGGCCCCCGCAUUGUGGCUCCUAACUAUGGCCACCUGCUGCCUCCUUGUCCUGGCAUCCUGGGAGUACGCCCGGGCCGGCGUCUACAAGGAGGAGGUCGUGUUUCUGGAGAGACUAAACAGCAGCGCCAGCCCCACUGGCAUGGAUGAGAUGGACAUGGCUGGGAACGGGGUGGGCAGUGGCAGCCCCAACCAGCAGCUCCUCUACCGCCUCCGGGUCUUCGGAGAGGAGCUGGUGCUGGCACUGGAGCGGGACCCCAGCUUCCUGUCCAAGGACCUGACCGUGCAGUACCUGGGCCGAGGCGGGCAGGCGACUGACAGCGCUGUGGAGCCUGGGAACUACUUCACCGGGACGGUGAACUCCGAUCCCGAGUCUAUCGCAGCCGUGCACUUCGACGGGACGUCGCUGCUGGGUGUGCUGAAGUACCAUGGCGCCGAGUACCACGUGCAGCCCCUGGACGGCGGCGUGCCCAAUGCAGCGGGAGGGGCCAGUGCCCAUGUGGUGAAGAAGAAGAUGCCAGAAAAAGCCAGCGGCCCCAUGUGCAGCGUGGGAGUCCAGGCCCCGGGCACCCCUCUGGCCCACCAGCCCCAGCCCCUGGAGCGUCCGGCAUCCGCGAGGAGAGCAAAGCGCUUCGCCUCGGUCAUGCGCUAUGUGGAAAUGCUGGUGGUGGCGGAUGAGAAGAUGGCGCAGUUUCACGGCGCGGGGCUGGAGCGGUACCUCCUCACUGUCAUGGCAGCUGCCGCCAAGUUCUUCCGGCACCCAAGUCUGAGCAACCCAGUCAACCUGGUGGUGACACGGCUAGUGGUGCUGGGCCAGGCUGAGGACGGGCCCUCCAUCACCAGCAACGCUGCCCAAACCCUGCGCAACUUCUGCAAGUGGCAGCAGGGACUCAACAAGGCAGACGAUGCCGACCCUGAGCACUUUGACACAGCCGUGCUCUUCACCCGCCAGGACCUGUGCGGCAUCUCCACCUGCGACACACUGGGCAUGGCAGACGUGGGAACCGUGUGCGACCCAGCCCGCAGCUGCUCCAUCGUGGAGGAUGAUGGCUUGCAGUCAGCCUUCACCGCGGCCCACGAACUCGGCCAUGUGUUCAACAUGCUUCAUGACAACUCCAAGCCCUGUGAGGAGCUGAACGGCCAUAGUAGCAGCUCCCGUCACAUGAUGGCACCUGUGAUGUCCUACGUGGACCCAGAAGAGAUGUGGUCGCCGUGCAGUGCCCGCUUCAUCACUGACUUCCUCGACAAUGGCCAUGGCCACUGCCUCCUGGACAGGCCACGUGAGCCCCUGCACCUGCCACCUGCCCUCCCAGGCAACGACUACAAUGCUGACCGGCAAUGCCAACUGACUUUCGGGUCAGACUCACGCCACUGCCCCAAACUGCACCCACCCUGCUCCUCCCUGUGGUGCACGGGCCGCAUCAAUGGGCACUUCAUGUGCCAGACCAAGCACUUCCCCUGGGCUGAUGGCACCCCCUGUGCCGAGGGCAAGACCUGCAUGAAUGGUCGCUGCAUCAGCAAGAUUGAGAUGAGGGCCUUCAAGACUCCUGUCAAUGGUCGCUGGGGGCCCUGGGGCCUGUGGGGCAAGUGCUCGCGGACCUGCGGCGGGGGUGUGCAGUACUCCAUCCGUGAGUGCAACAAGCCCGUCCCCCGCAAUGGCGGCAAGUACUGCGAGGGCGAGCGCACCAAGUACCGCUCCUGCAACGUGCAGGGCUGCCCAGGGGGCACUGCCCUCUCCUACCGAGAGCAGCAAUGUGCCAUCUACAACAACCGCCCAGAUAUGUUCAAGAGCCUCCCUGCCCCCAUGGACUGGGUGCCCCGCUACAGCGGUGUGGCUGAGAAGGACCAGUGCAAGCUAACCUGCCAGUCCCAGGCACUGGGCUACUACUACGUGCUGGAGCCACGGGUGGCUGACGGCACGCCCUGCUCACCUGACAGCACCUCGGUGUGCGUGCAAGGCCGCUGCAUCAACACUGGCUGUGACCGCAUCAUCGGCUCCAAGAAGAAGUUUGACAAGUGCAUGGUGUGCGGGGGCGAUGACAGCAGCUGCACCAAGACCUAUGGCAAAUUCACCAAGCCCCGCUAUGGGUACAACAAUGUUGUCACCAUCCCGGCUGGAGCCACGCAUAUCAGGAUCAACCAGACCAGUGGCUCAGGCACAGCCAGUGAUGGCAUCUACUUGGCGCUACGGAAGCAGGACGGCAGCUAUGCCCUGAAUGGGAACUACGUGCUGGUGCCCUCUGAGAUGGACGUACGCCUGCCAGGUGGCAUAAGCCUGCGCUACAGCGGUGCCACCAAGAACAUGGAGACCAUCAUGGGAAAUGGGCCACUCCAGGAGCCCCUCAUGCUGCAGGCCCUGGUGGUGAGCGACCAGCGGGCUCCACGCCUCAGGUACACCUUUUUUGAGCCCAAGCAGCGGAGAUUGUCAUCCAAGGAGUGGCUCAGACAGAAGGAUCAGAUCCUGGAGGUCCUGAGGAGCAGGCGUCGCUACCAGUAGCUUCCAGUGCCCCCAGCCUUGGACCCCCCCCAUUGCGGGGAGCAGCCACUUGUGCUCCCUGUGCACCUGGGUUGGUGGGACUCAGAGGAAGCCGCCUGGCCUGGGAGCCCCACUCACUGUUACGGACAAGCUGGGGCCCUGAAGCCCUGGACAGCUGCAAGGCAGCUCUGCUCUCCCAGCUGCCCAAGACCCAGUGACUGCACAGCAGAGACCACGGGGGGACGCAGGCCCAGCUCACUGCUGGGGACUGUCAGCUCCAUCCAGCCCUACAGACUGGGACCAGCCAUCCAAGGACAGCUCAAUGGGUGAGGCAGGAGCCUCUACCCACAGCCGGCCUGGAGCCCCUCUGCACAUGGCCAAAAGGAACUGUGCACUGGUCUCUAUUUAUUUGGUUAUUUAUUGCUGGCCAGAAGCAGGACUGGGUGCCGCCCUGGGUCCAACACUGCUGCUUCUCCCUGUGGGCCGGUGAGACUAGGACCUGCUCUGGGCACUGCCAGGCCUUGGCCAGCACCGGCUGCGAAGCACGUGUGAAACAACGUCUACCUCAGCCGCAGCACCUCCAGCCUGCCAGCCCCCCAUGAUCAGGGCCCUGGCUCCUGGCAGCUCCUAGUAGCCCCCCCACUCCCCCACUGGAGCUGGGUCUCAUGGGGUUCUCCAAUGUCGGUCCCGACUGGCACGGGGCAAAUGCCUCCCUCGGGGCAGUGAGGGCUGCAUAGGCAGGGCACAUGGAGCUGCCUGCAGCCUCGUGGGGCUCCCUUCACUCCCGCUGCACCCUGGCCUGGCCCUGGUGUCCCUGGCACCAGGAGCAGCAAAGUCCUGGUGCUGCAGGUCCCGGACCCCACCAAACCCUGCCACUCUCAGGCCAGGGCAGGACGGGGGCUGGGGCCACAGGGAGGGUUGCAGUCUGGAAAACUGGGAUGAGGUCCAGCAAGGGCGGGAGAAGAGCUCCGGAGACCGUGCGGUCUGGGGGGUGCAGCCAGGUGCUGCUCCAGCUCUGGGGGGAAGCGAUGCCCAAUGGUGGGAGCUGCUGGUGGCCGCUGGUGCUGGCACCGCCCUCCAGGAGUGGGCAGGUGUGCAGUGCGGGGGGAAGUAACCACUAUGUCAAAUGCUUCUCAGUCUGGUGGAUGGGGGGGAGCGGGGAGGGGGGAAGGGAGGGGCAGGACUCUGUGCCCUGGGCCGGUCUCAGGGCUGGGCUCUGGCCAUGGGAGCGGGCAAAGGGGGAUGCAAUGAGCCACCCCUGCCCUGUGGGCUGUCAUUGUUUCCGGGGGGAGGGGGGAGCAUUGCUUCCUGCCCCCACUCCCUCUUCCCCCACCACAGCGCAGCAAGUCUGGGGUGCAUAAUUUAAGAGGUUUAUUUAACACGACCCUGCGGCAGCGCUGGCCGCGCCCCUGCCACCGCGUGGCGAUGGUUUUCUUCUUUUUGUAAUAAAGCCCUGCCGGGUUAUUUAAGGCUAUUUAUACAACACACUCGAGUGCUGCCUCUUUGUGGGCUCGGGGCUGCUCCCCAAUGACAGUCGUGCGGGGAGGGUGGAGCUGGGAGCCCCAGUCCCAACCCCGCUGGGCUGUGACUCCUGCCCUGCUCCAGACAUACCUGGAAGCCGUGUGUGCAGGGAGGCUGCUUGCCGCCUGGAUGCUGGGCCUGGGGGAAGCUGGGGGGAGUGGGCAAGUGGGGAGGGAUGACUGGCCGCGGCCAGCAGUUGGUCCCAGAUGGACCCUAGUCCCCCAAGCCCUGUGGGGGUGGGUGCAACUUGCUACCCCGAGACUAGCAGCACCACUACCCAGGGCCAUGUGCCACAGCGGAGUAAGGUGUCCCGCAGCAGCCCAGGCAGGCAGCCACAGCCAGGGAGGGGAUGCCACGUUCCCCAGACACUCAGUGGGGAGCUAGCAGAGCCCAUGCUCCAUGUGGGGGCUGAGCAAACUGGGACCUGGCUCCACGGGCUGCUGCAAGCCAGGAAAUGGGGACAGAGGCAGGAUCACAGAGCAGUGGGGCUGGAAGGGACCUCCAGGUCACAUCACCUCUGAUCCUCCACCUGGGGCAGGAUCAGCCCUGCCCGAACCAGCCCAGUUAAUGUUAUCUAAACUCUACAUACGACUACUGCCAGCCGUGAUGACGCAGACCUAGCACCGACCCUGCCACAGGUGCAGCAGGGAAACCAGGACAGCCAGCGUCCUGCUUCUAUGAAAUGCUGUCAAUAAACACUCGAGAGACACCAGGCAGGGGCUGUGCCCCCGCUACAGGGGAAGGCAACCCCCCCCACCCCCCCCAGUCCAUACCAAUAGGAACAGGAGGGGAAAUUCCUUCGUGACCCCAAAUAGUCUGAGCCUGAGCAGAGGGGCAAGUCCCUUUAGCCAACACCUUCCGGCUUUCGGCCCAGCAGGAGCCUUGGCACAGCACAGUCCCCCAUCCCCAGCCUGGGCUGCAGUCAACACCCAGUCCUCUUAAAAAUCCCCCAACACGUGUUACAGCAAAGUGUGGGGCAGGACAGGGACAACCAGCAAAGCCUGGGAUAUCCCCAUGCUAGCACACAGGCAUCGCUACACCUAGAUCAUCCCUGACCAGUGGCUGUACGACCUCUUCAAUCCCUGGCCUCUGGCCCCACAUUGCCCUAGCUGGGGGUGGGGGGGCGGCCUCAGGGCACCGGGUGCAGCAAACUCAUCGUGCGCAGACACAGAGCGCAGCAUCCCGGAGCAGAGCCACAGGUGGGUGCAGCCUGGCACGUUACAGCAGCGGAGGGCAGCAGCCACAGGCAUCGACUUGGGCAGGAGGAGGGAGGGAGCAAAAGGUUAUCAGCUGCUGCCACAGGCACAGAAUCCAGCUGGCAGCCAAACAGCAGCCAGCCAGCAUGGCUGCCCCAGGGCUUGGUAGGCACUGGCACAAAGCAAACACUCUCCGGGAUCAAGGAGGGGAGGCAGCAGCACCUGCAAGACUUCAUGGCUUUGUCACUGGGCCAGACCUGGGGUCAAAGGGGCCCACGCCAGCGCUGCAGGGGGACGGGCAGUGCCUGCUGCCCACAGCCCUGCCCAGCAGUGAGCAGCACAGCCCUGGGCCAGGCUUCCUGGCAGCUGCACGCCCAGGACCCCUACUGCGCUUGAUGGCACUGGAAGCAGCACCAGCAGCCCCCGCCCAAGGGGCCCACACAGACCUGGGGCCCAGCCCCGCAGCCAGGGGAGCCUGGAGGUACGGCUCUGUCAGGCCCUGAAACGGCUUCUCCCAGCACCAGACCCUGUGGGUGCACACCCCCUGCCCCCAGCACGGACCCCUGGCUCUUCCCAGCCCAGCUGGCAGCCCGGCUAGGGCAGGAGGAAGGAUGCUCUUUCCUUUUGCCAGACAGAUUUACAGGGGAUGGGGUGACCCAGGGACUGCUCCCCACCUGCUCAUUCCCUGAGAGCCACUCAUGCCCUGUUCCCCAGGGGCACCAAACACACUGCAGCAGGGACCUCACAUGGAAGGGGCUGGGGGCAUGGGGCCAGCUGCAGUGUUGGGGUCAGGCCCUCCCUAGCAUGAACUGGGAUGCUGGGUGUCUGAUCCCCCCCAUGGCAGUGUGACAGAGA